AUGGACGAGCAGCAGGCACUGGUGGCCUCCAAGGAUGGGGAUGUGACCACCUUAGAGCGGCUUCUGGAAGCUGGUGCCCUGAGCCCCAGCAUUACCGACACACUGGGGGCUGGCCUGGUGCACCAUGCCACCCGGGCUGGCCACCUGGACUGUGUCAAGUUCCUGGUGCAGCAAGCCAGGCUGCCCGGCAACCAGCGGGCCUACAAUGGGGCCACACCAGUGCACGAUGCCGCAGCCACAGGCAAGCUGGCUGAGUUGUGCUGGCUGGUCCGAGAUGGGGGCUGCGGGCUGCAGGACCAAGAUGCCUCAGGUGUCUCCCCGUUGCACCUGGCCGCCCGCUUUGGACACCCAGCGCUGGUGGAGUGGCUGCUGCGGGAGGGCCACACGGCCACACUGGAGACACUGGAGGGGGCCUUGCCACUGCACCAUGCUGCAGUCAGCGGGGACCUGACCUGCCUUAAGCUCCUGGCGGCUGCCCACAGCAGUGGUGUGAACCAGCGGACCCACAGUGGUGCCUCCCCCCUCUACUUGGCCUGCCAGGAGGGCCACCUGCACCUGGCGCAGUUCCUGGUGAAGGACCGCGGGGCUGACGUGCACCUGCGCGCCAUGGAUGGCAUGAGUGUGCUGCACGCUGCAGCUGCCCGUGGCCACUACUCACUGGUUGUCUGGCUGGUCACCUUCACAGACAUCAGCCUGACGGUGCGGGAUAACGAGGGAGCCACAGCUCUGCACUUCGCAGCCGGGGGUGGCCACACCCCCAUUGUAGACCGGCUGCUGCUGAUGGGCGCCCCCAUCACGAGAGACUCCUGGGGUGGGACCCCCCUCCACGAUGCCGCAGAGAACGGGAAGAUGGAGUGCUGCCAGACUCUGCUCUCUCACCACGUGGACCCCUCACUGCGGGAUGAAGAUGGGUACACAGCAGCAGACCUGGCAGAGUACCACGGACACCAGGACUGUGCCCAGUACUUGCGUGAGAUGGCCCGGCCGGUACCAAUCCUGAUGACGCCUCCACCACCACCAUUCCCACCGCCUCCACUGUCAGCCACGAAACUCUCCAUGGAAGACAGAAGAAGAGGGGGCUCGCAGCUCAGAAGCCCCCCUCUGACUCUCAGCCCAGCCUGGCCUGGCCAGCCUGUCCCCAGGGAGCCGAUGGCCUGCACAGUUCCCCAUAGGGUCACCACCAGUGCCCCAGCCACUCCCAAGGGGCCAGAAACAGUGACAUGGGACACUCCUGACAGCCUUGCUGCACUGCAGUUGGACGGGCUGCCCUCGGGCGACCUCGACGGGCUGGUGCCCACUCGGGAUGAGCGGGGCCGGCCCAUUCCGGAGUGGAAGCGGCAGGUGAUGGUGCGGAAGCUGCAGGCACGUCUGGGUGCAGAUGACAACAGCGGCAACCCAGGUCCUGCAGAGCGUGCAGCCUGGCGGUACUCGCAGGCCCACCAGGCCAUCCUGGGCCCAUUUGGGGAGCUGCUGACGGAGGACGACCUGGUGUACCUGGAGAAGCAGAUCGCCGACCUGCAGCUCCGGCGCCGCUGCCAGGAGUACGAGAGUGAGCUGGGCCGGCUGGCAGCUGAGCUGCAGGCCCUGCUGCCCGAGCCCGUGGUCAGCAUCACCGUCAACAGCCACUUCCUGCCAUGGCCACCUGGGCGGGAGGAUGAGGAGGCCCCAGCAGUGGUGGCUGAGCCUGAGGGGUCUGUGCACACGGGGAAGGCCAUGCCUGGUGGACAGCCGCUGCCCUUCUGGUGCAGCCACAUCAGCCGACUGGUACACAGCUUGUCCCUGCUGCUGACUGGCGUGAAUGGGCUGGUGCAGAAUGAGAAGGCAGCUGGCCCAGCCCUGCCGGGCGCCUGCAGGGAAGCCCCGGCUGGGCCCCCUCGAAGUGAGGCCCAGCGUGAGAUCCAGGAGUGGGGUGUGUCUGUGCGGACACUGCGUGGCAACUUUGAGUCAACCCCCUGCCUGCUCUGUGCCUCAAACCCAGGCCCCUGUGAGCUGGGGGACCAACCCAGGCAGUGCCCAAGAGGCUGCUUUGCAGCCUCUGCGCCCCAAGGCAGCCCGAUGGGAGGGGAGCCUGUGGCGGGCAACACUGAGGAGGCCAGUGACUCGGGCAUCAGCUGCGAGGAGGCCCCAUCUGAGUCUGGCAGCAGACCAGGCCUGGACCUGGCCAGCCUACGCAAGCAGCGUAUCGUCAUGCUCUUCCUUGGCCACUGGAAGAAGUCUGCCUACACGCCCGCCCUUAAGACAGCCGCCUGCAGGACCCUGGAGGCCCGCCGUGCCAGGCCCAGGGGACAGGACGCUGCUAGGGGCUCAGAGCCAGCUGCCCUGCCACCCAGUGAGGGCCCCCGGCUUGGUCAUCUGUGGCAGCAGCGAAGUAUCAUUGCCCACCUGCUAGGCAACUGGAAGGCCAUCAUGGCACACGUGCCAGCCCGGCAGCUGCGGCGGCUGAGCCGGCGACGCCAUGGUCCCCUGUCACCCGAGCAGUUCCUGCCCCACGUGGAUGGGGCGCCUGUGCCCUACAGCAGCCUGUCAUUGGACCUGUUCAUGCUGGGGUACUUCCAGCUCCUGGAGUGCGACCUGCCAGCCGAGGAACGCAAGAUGCGCCAUCUGCUCUGCUUUGAGGUCUUCGAGCACCUGGGUGCCCACGGCUGGGAGACCGUGCGUGCCUUCCACAAGGCCGUGACUGAUGAAGUGGCUGUGGGCCGCCGUGCCUGGACCGAUGGCUUCGAGGACAUCAAAGCCCGUUUCUUUGGCUCCAACCAGGGUCCUGUCUGGGACACAGAGCCUGGUCGCAAGUCAGGUCUGACUCCGCUUGGGCCCCUGCCACUCACUGCCAUCUCUGGCAGAGGCCCCAAGUCCACAGUCCAGCGGCUGGGGUCUGGCACCCAGCGGAGCAGCUUCAACAGCGAGGACAUCUGCGGCUACAUCGACCGCAGCUUUGCCUUCUGGAAGGAGAAAGAGGCUGAGAUGUUCACCUUUGGAGAGUGA